AUCACUAAUUUGUGAUUUGCCUAAUAUGCUACUCCCCUCCCUAUGUUGUAUUGAAACAAUUACAUUAUUUGUGGUUAAUUGUUUACCUAAUAAUGAAUUAAAUUAAACAAUAUAAUCAAUGAAAUUAUGAGUGAAAAAACCUCCAAACAAAUGGUACAAUAUAUGUUCUCUAUUAAAGUUAUUGCAUUGUUGAAACUCUAAGUUUAUUAUUUGAAUAAAAUAUGUUAGAUUCUUCUCCUGAAGAUGAAGAUUUUCCGGGACGCCUUUUACACCAGGCUGCCUUGUGGGAUAACACGGAAUUACUUGAAGAUUUAUUAGCGGGGGGUCAACAAAAUUUUAUAAAUUCUCAAGAUAGCUGGGGCAGAACCCCAUUACAUGCAGCUGCUAUAACAGAUAACUCUAAAUGUCUCCAACUACUUUUAAAUUCGGGAGCUGACCCAAACGUACAGUGUGGAUCGAGAGGAGACAACAAAACACCUUUACAUUUAGCAGCUGAAUAUGGUCAUGCAAAAAAUGUUUUAUGUUUGCUACAACAUAAUGCCGAUUUAACAAUCAGAGAUUCUAAGGGAUUAACAGCUAUUGACCUUUCUGAGAAAUUUGGACAUACGCAGUGUGUAACUGCUCUUAAAAAUGCUUUGGAUGAAAAAGAAAAAGCUAGACUAGAAAUACACGCAGCUAUUCGGGAUGCAGUCAAUCAAGGAGAUGCCAAUUCAGUACAACAACUUUUAUUAUCUCUACAAAAUGAUGCAGAACUUAUUAUUAAUAUGGCUCCUAGUGGAGCUAAUACUCUCUUAUUCACAUCUUGUCAAAUAGGUAACAAAGAAAUUGUGAAAAUAUUACUGGAUCAAGGUGCAGAUGGUAGAUGUCAUUCCGUAACGAAAUAUUCUCCAUUAUAUAUAGCAUGUUAUAAUGGGCACCGAGAUAUUGUGGAGCUUUUAUUAUUAAGGUUUCCAGAAUUGGUACAGAUACACACGGUUGAAAGAUGGUUGCCGAUACAUGCAUGUUGUAUAAAUGGACACGCCAGCGUGCUGGACCUUUUAUUUCAUUUCCCAUAUCCGACUCAAGUACUGAGAAAGUACCGUGAUAAAAGUGAACAAUGGGAAUAUCUGAUGCCUUUUGAUAUCAACGAACGAGAUGCUACUGGACAGAAUAUUCUAUAUGUAGCUGCUUUACUUGGAAAUAAAAAAUUGAUAGACAUUAUACUAUCUUUUAGAGUGAAGGCUACAAGAAUAACUCCUUGUGAUGACGAUGAUUUAACACCCAGUUCAGAAACUGCCGCAAUCAUAAGUCCCAGCAGACGAAGGAUAUCCGAUGGUAUUAUAUCUAUAAUGUCGCGUUUAAAUUUCUCUAGAGAAAAUUCAUCAGAAAAUUCUGAUAAUGAUCCGAAUACAAAAAAGAUCUGUCCUUUGAGAAUUGAUACAUAUUGCAAUAAUAAUACAGAAACGGCCCUUCAUGCUGCCAUUAAGGGAAAACAGUAUGACAUAGUUUUUGCUUUGUUAAAAGCCGGAGCUAACGCUAAUGCUGUAAUUAAGGCUUAUCAUGACAUCAACGAGGCAGUUACAUGUUGUUCUCUUGAAGACGAUUCUAAUUUGGGACAAUCGACUGGUUUGGUAGAAGCUUGUCGAAAUAGAGACGUUCCGAUAGUAGAUUUGUUGUUAAAACACGGCGCUAGAGAUGAUGAAUGCAAAGCUCUAGCUGUUGCAGUUAAUAAUAACGACGAAACUCUCAUCGCUAAAUUAUUGUCCACCAAGGCUCAUCCGGAUCCAGAAUACAAAAUCAAUAAAAAAGCAAUGACAGAAAACGUAAAUUCGUCUCAGUUCACAAUAUUUUCCAAUGUCACAAAUCUAACAUAUUCAUCCCUGUUUCCAAAUACUCCUACUAUGAUCAAUUGGCACAAUCAAAAAUGUAAUUUAACUCAAAUAAAAACCCAAUGGCUUAUCGAUGCGGCACUACAUCUUAAUUCUAAACUAAAACAAAAUCCUAGAAAUUAUGAUAUUUCAUUAUAUGCUAUUACAAGAUUGGAUUUAUCUAAUAAUAAUUUAACAUCGGUACCUUUAGCCGUUUUCCAGUUAUACAGCUUAAGAAUUUUAAGCUUGGCACAAAAUAAGAUUGAAAAGUUGCCUGUCCCAAUUACUUCACCAACAAAAAAAGGAUUCAAACGCAAACAUAACGUUAACGAUCAAAAAUAUGCUUGCCCGGUUUUGGAAGAGUUAUUUUUGAAUAAUAAUAGAUUGGACCAUGUUCUGGAAUCAAUAUUUAAACUGCCAUCAUUAGUAACUCUUGUCGUAUCAAACAACAAAUUGCAGCAGUUACCUUAUGAAAUGUGGCUAGCGCCAAAAUUGAAAGAAAUCAAUGCUUCUUUUAACUUAAUCAGGGAAUUACCAUCAAGUCCAGUUGAGUGUAAAGAAGAAUUAGAUAGAAUGAGCAUAAGUUCAAGUGAUAGUCAGUUGUCGAAUCAUGCGGAACCUGAUUCUGAAUCUGAAUUAUCAGAUUUUGAUAUAGAAUCUAAACUGAAUCUAUCAGACGAUGGUAUUCACGCAGUGAGAUUUAAGAAAAAAGAACGAUCCUUUAUACAGAUGGAUCUAAUAAAACACCACAUUUGGAAUAAAAGCGUUGAAGUAACCGAACAAAUUCUCCAUAAUGAUGAUAGUUUAAAUGAAACCGCAUCUCAAUUAUCUUCGUUAAAUUUAGCUCAUAACCUUUUUACUGGCAUUCCUGUAGUUCUACCUUGUCUAGCAGUCAACCUUACUAGACUAAAUAUGGCUUUUAAUUCUUUAAGAUCAAUGUCGCAUAUAACAAGUUAUCCAAGUUCUCUUAAACAACUCGACUUGAGCCAUAAUCAAAUUACAGUAUGGCCCAGUUUACCACAAAUCGAAGCACAAGAUAACAUGGAACUUGCUAAUUUAGUUUGUUAUAUGAAUAUUACGGCGUUCAGAGGAAAAACUCCAGAAGUUAUUAUUAGAAGGCAACCAGGUAGGUCUUUGCGACACAGUGUUUUACAUUCGGUUUGUUCGCAUAGGAGGCAUUUGAGAUUAGAUAAUCUAAGAACUCUAAUUCUUGCCGAUAAUCAAUUGACCAGAAUUCAACUUGCUACAGAUGACGAUGGUGACAUUAGUAGUACCGAUGAUGAAGAUUUAGACAGGGGAACCCAAAUGGGAAAAUCUCGCUUAAUGUUUCCAAACUUAUCAAUGCUGGAUAUUAGUAAUAAUAACUUGAAGGAAAUUCCACCAAAUAUCAAUGAUCUAGCAAACUUAUCCGUUUUAAACAUCAGUGGAAACUUGGAUAUAAACGAGCUCCCACCACAAAUGGGUUUGCUAUCUCGUUUGUGGAAUCUAAAUACGCGCGGAACUAACCUUCAAGAUCCGUUAAAAUCUAUGAUAGAAAGUAAAAAAUAUAAAACUAUGGACAUAAUCGGUUAUCUAAAAUCAGUUUUGGAAGAUGCCAAACCUUACGCGAGGAUGAAAUUGAUGAUUGUCGGUGUGCAGGGUAUUGGAAAAACGAGUUUAUUGGAACAACUGCGUCAAGAAGGUGUCACGAGGAGACGACCAGAGCACUGGGCAAAAAGAAUGGGCAAUAAAAGUAUUAACGCCAAAACUUCUAGAGGUACAAACAUGUCUACUGUAGGUGUAGAUAUUGGUGACUGGGUUUAUGAGAAAAAAGUAAGGCUUCAAUCGUCACACGGACCUGUGGUAUUUAGAACGUGGGAUUUUGGAGGCCAAAAAGAGUAUUACGCCACUCAUCAAUAUUUUCUAUCAAAAAGGAGCUUAUAUCUUGUCGUUUGGAGAAUAACAGACGGCCACAGAGGCAUAAACGAAAUCUUACAGUGGCUUGUUAACAUUCAAGCAAGAGCUCCCAACUCUCCCGUUAUAAUAGUAGGCACUCACUAUGAUGUUAUUCAGGAAUUCAACCCAAAUAUAUCUGAAGAGUAUCAGCAGAUCAUAAGAGAUAGGUUUAUUAAUGUAGUAGAUGCAGAAAAAUGCGGAUUACCCAGAGUUUUGGAUACAAUUGAAAUAAGUUGCAAAACUAGACACAAUAUAAAACUUUUAUGCAACUUGAUAUAUGAUACAGUUUUCAGCUUGAGACCUCCAGGUAGCAAGGAAUUACUUUUAGAACAAAAAGUUCCUGCUACUUAUCUAGCUCUGGAAGAUGUUAUAAAUUAUAUAGCAGCUGAAAGGAAAGCGAAUGGUUUAGAUCCAGUAUUGAACGCUGAACAAUAUAGAAAUUUAGUUACGACAGAAAUGCUACAAAGAUAUAAUAAAACAUUUAGAGAUUGGUCGGAGCUACAUCAAGCAACGUUGUUCCUACAUGAAAACGGAGUACUAUUGCAUUAUGAUGAUGCAACGUUGAAGGAUCUAUAUUUCCUUGAUCCUCAAUGGUUGUGUGAUAUGUUAGCACACGUUGUUACUAUUAGAGAAAUAAAUCCAUUUGCCCGUACAGGUGUUAUGAAGCUAGAAGAUUUGAAACAUGUAUUCAAAGCUAGCAAUAUCGGACCCAUGGACACACGAGGGUAUAUCGUGAAUCUCCUGAAUAAGUUCGAAGUUGCUCUUACUUGGGAUUCAAGAACUCUUCUCAUACCUUCUUUAUUACCUUCAGAAGAAGACAUACUUAUGGCCCAAGUGUAUCCUGGACAGUUUCACCCGAUGGUAAAAGUGAAAGUACCACUACGUUCAAGAGGAUGGGCUGUGAGAAAUAAAAAAAUUAGUGUAUCACCAAAAUCAGUUUUGUAUAGAGAUUCUAGUGUUCAAAGAACGUUCGAAAUGAGUUUACCGCCUGGAAUGGCUUCGCCGGCAAAAGCAACGCAAGUAACAGAAGAAAUCGAAUACAAAUUGAAAUCGAAGUGUUCAGAUAAAUCCAUGACACGUUUACUUUUGAUGUCGUAUUUUCCUUCUGGUUUUUGGUCACGUCUUAUUUCACGCAUUCUAGCUGACGAUACAAUAAUUGACAUAAUUAGAUCUUUCUUCAUUUUACCAAAAGAAGUAGCUCAAGAUGUGCAUUUAGCUAAAAUUUUGGAUCUAAAAGCUGAAUGGAUUCUUUGGCAAACUGGGUUGCAAUUGAAAUAUGGAGAUAUCACAUUGUUCAGAAUGAAAGAGGUCUUACAUAAUUCUGCUGCAUACUACAAACAAUUGAAAUUCCGUUUGAAACAGGAAGGCGUAUGGUCCGAGGUUGAUUUUCAAAAUUCUUCUAUUUUAGAAAUACAUUUUCCAGUAGAAUCGUUAGUAGUUCAACCAGUAUUAAAUGAAAAUCGUUGUUUUGAAGACUAUAAGAUUAAAGAUGAAUUAAUAAUCGAACCGUCCACAGAAUGUACAGCACAAUUAUUGGCUUUGACUGUUGAUCAUAUUGAUAUUCUUCUAGAAGAUUGGUAUCCGACUUUAGGUACACGAUUUGUUCAUACGUCCGAAGGAAAAUUUUUAAUAACACGUUUAAUUCCAUGUCCAAAAUGUUUGAACGUUUAUAAUGAGACUGAACAAAAUACACACGAUUUUCCGUCUUCCAGUUCGCAUUUUCUAGAAACGCUUCAUCAAGAACCUGAUCACGCAGCUAAUCAAGAUCUCCAUAGAAUCAGAAAAUCUCAAGAAUCUUACACAUCGGAAUGUGACAGUGGAGUUGGUCCCGACUCAACAGGCUCUAGUCGAAUCCCUUCUGUAGAAGGACACCCUUCAGUUCAACAAGAAGAUAAACUGGUAAUAUAUUCUUGGAUGGUAGAAGAAUGUAUUUUAGAAGCAUACGGAAGUAAAAAAGUUGUUUGUCCAGUUCAUGGUGAUUGUUCAUUAACGUUAAUUGCAGGGGAUACGAUGUUCAUGGAUUUAGGAGAACGUUACAUUAUCAGACCAGAAAAUAUUAAGAAAGGAAAACUACUAGGCAGAGGAGCAUUUGGCUUUGUAUUCAAAGGUACUUGUAAAAUACGUGGUUCAAAUGCUACAAUGGAUGUGGCAAUGAAAAUGUUGCAGCCUGUUCAACCCGGCCCCAAUGCUCGACAAUCCGCGAUUAUAGCAUACAAAGCAGCUCAAGGUAAAUGGGAUAGAGAUCCAUUACAAUAUGCGUGUAAAGCUUAUUGUACAGCAAGACAAGAACUGAAUAUACUACUGUCGCUAAAACAUCCAAAUAUCGUACCAUUUGUAGGGGUAUGUACUAGUCCAUUAGCUUUGGUUUUAGACUUAGCACCACAAGGAGCGUUAGACUUGGUAUUAAGGCAUUAUAGACGUUCUGGGGCCAAAGUAGGACCUUAUACUCUACAGGCUAUCAUUCUACAAGUAGCCAAGGCAAUUGAAUAUCUCCAUAGACAACAUAUCAUUUACAGGGAUCUAAAAUCUGAAAAUGUAUUAGUAUGGGAAAUGCCUCCACCAUUUGUCGAUCAUCCUGAUCAUCCAGUACAUAUAAAAGUUGCAGAUUAUGGAAUAAGCCGUUUAACUUUACCAUCAGGAACAAAAGGAUUUGGAGGAACUGAAGGUUUCAUGGCUCCCGAAAUAAUGAGAUAUAACGGAGAAGAAGAGUAUACUGAAAAAGUGGAUUGUUUUUCAUUUGGAAUGUUUAUAUAUGAACUACUUACAUUGCAUCAACCAUUUGAAGGUCACGAAUCAGUAAAAGAAUGUAUUUUAGAAGGAGGAAGACCAGCUCUUUCAUACAGGGAAACCUUGUAUCCCAGUUACUUUUUGGAUCUCAUGGUCCUUUGUUGGUCCCAACAGCCUAAAGAUAGGCCCUCUGCAAGUCAGAUUGUGUCAAUAGCGAGUGCUCCUGAAUUUACACAUUUGUGUGACGUUGUUUCUUUAAAACAUCAGGCUCCAGUUGUCGCAACAACUAGUGCAGCUCUUACACAUAUCACAGAAGAUGGUUUGAUCGGCUCAGAAAUGUGGUUAAUGUGUGCAAAUUCGAGAAUAGAUUUACUAUUAGCAGCAGAAAGGGGAUGGCUUCAAUACCAUACGAUGACACUUCCUAUUAAAGCUACUGCAGCAUGUACUGUAAAUGAUUCGGUUUGGAUUGGAGAUUUUUCUGGGAAAAUACAUGCUUAUUCUUCUAAUGAUGGUAGGAAACUGUUUUUCUAUACUUUAGAAAAUGAACCGAACGCCCAAGUAGAAUCCUUGUUAUACCUACCUGCAUUAAAAAGGGUAGCAUGUGCUUUAUCAAACGGUCGAUUGUUUUUGGUAAAUUCAGAAUCUAAACCUCUAACACCAACAGCUGCAGAAGGUUCAUUUGUUAUGACUGAACUUGGGUCUAUGUCAGUCAUAAAUUGUAUGUGUGCAGUUUUUGAUCAAAAGCAGAGCUUUUGUGAGUUAUGGUGUGGCGAAUCAGACGGUCAGAUAUCUAUCUACACAGUUAAAGAUCAUGUUGUAGCCAAUCAUGAAGUAGUCAAUCAUUACCAACCAAUAAUCGAAAAAGUUGACGUUAUGAAUAUAAUUUCUGUAGAGAGUAACGUUUGGUCUUACGUGAGACCAGGAUGUAUCGUAUACCAAUGGGAUUCUAAAACAAAAAACAUUGUUAAUAAAUUGGAUUGUUCAAAACUAGUACCUUGUUCGGAGAGUUUAAAAUCUAUUGCCAUUGAAGAACAUUUGAGUCCCACCAAUUGUCAGGUAACAAGUCUAGUAUCUCUUAAUGAUGAACUGUACAUAGGAACAACCUGGGGUUGUGUGAUAAUAGCAGAGCGUUUUACUCUCCGUCCAAUUACAAUAUUUCGACCAUAUGAAGAAGAAAUAAGAGCGAUCGUUCCUCUUCACACCGGAAAAGGAAAUUCUGGAAACUGUAAUAAAGUUCCAUUGAUUGCUACAAUUGGAAGAGGAUACCGUAAUUUAUUAGCCAGAUAUACAGACGUACCUAUUGCGACUGGUACUCCUCUUCCAAGCCCCAUGAUGGGUACAGGUGUUUCUCAAACUGUUAAACCAAAUAUGUUUGUUUUGUUAUGGAGGGCAGAGCAUUGGAAUGCCAUUUGAAAAAAAAAAUGAUAAUUUCCUGUCAAAUUACUUUAUCAUUCCUGGAAGGGAGGCUUAUAUUAAAAUUAUGAUGAGAUUAUGCGAAAGAACAAGUAAAUAUUGUACCUGUUAAUUCUUUUUAUAGUUGCAAAGUUUUUUUUGUAUAACUGGUGAAUGUUCAAAGAAAUCUUUUUACAUGACAUGAAUCACUGAAUGUAAAAAAAUAUGCAAUUAAAAAUUGUGAUUCUAUUCUUAAUAUUAAACAAAUACAUUUUUCGGUCUGCUAAAAGUUUUCAUAUAGCUUGUAGUCCGACUACAAAUUUAAGGAGUCAUUAUCAAUCAAAUCAAUACAAAUGAUAAAGGAUCUCUUUCUGUUUAGGUGAACUUACAAAACCGAAUAGUUUAAAUGUUUCAAAACAAAUGCUGUAUAUUUUUUAUUUUUGAAUUAUUAUUUGCCAAAGAACAAAUUGAUACUAAAAUCUAAGAAACCGAUUCAAACUUAAUUUGUCUCAAUUUACAUCAAGUUGAGAUAAUAAAUGGCUGCUGGCAGGAAAGGAUUAAAUGGAGAAAUCCAGAAAAAAAGAUUACAAAUUGUAUCUCUUGAAUGGAUUUUUGCAGGGUAGCAGUAUUGAGAAGAGAUAAAAUGGCUAAGGAAUUUUAAUUCAAGAUAUAGGUAGGUAGAAACGUCAAAUUGCACAUGCUAUUUUAAACGGAUUUAAUAAAAAAAAGACUUAAAAUCAUCGUGAAAAACAUAUAAAAAAGUAUAAGUGAAAAGUUAGAAAAUAUUCAUGCAAUAUAAUAAGAAAAAAAAAAGGUUUUUAGACUAGAUGAUGAAGUACACAGAGGUGAAUCAUAUAUGAUACCAAUAAGGACUUAUUCCAUUGAAACAGAGUAGAUACAUCAGAAUAUAGAUAAGAUUUCCAGCUGGACAAAAUAGAAAUGAAAUCAAAAAAUAACUUGCAAUUUAUAUCUAAACAACUGCAGGUUUAAAAGAGUUCUGAAAUAGGCUUGGUAUAUGAGAGGAAGAAAAAUUACACACAUGAUAUUAAAGUAAUGCAAGUUUUGAUAUUUUUAUUUAGUUUCUUUUAUCCAGUACUAUACUAAAUAUUAUGAACAGUUGCUUUCUAAUGACUGUAUGGAGGCAUACCAAAAAAUGUAUACAAUUAAUUGUGAUUUAUUUUCUUCUGAAGUGAAGCAACUAAAAUUGUAUUAUAGAUAAUUUUAGAUAUACAAUACGACUGUUGUUUAACAUAAACUGUGAUCAUACUUCUUGUCAUUUAUUUGAAAUGUAUUGAUGUUAUUUUGCCAAGAAUAAAUGUUUUUGCAUUUA